CAAAUGAUAAAAAUACACAGAAAUCUCCUGGCUGUGCUCAUUGCAGUCUCUUUGAGUCAGAUCCAUUAUCUCUAUUCACUGAAUGACUCAGUGGUCACCUUUUUAUCCUUUGGGAAGUAGAAUCUCAGAUAUCUGCAAGAUAGCCACCAUGACAUGAGUUGGUUGGAUAUAGAAACUUCUACUUCCUUAAUCUCAAUUUUUAUUUUAUAAUUUUUUCCCUAUGUUACAAAGACUUUUACCUUGCUAGAAAAAGUCAGCUAGCUUUGCAGUGCACAAUCCCUAGAGAAAGUGCCAGAUAAGAUCUUGCAAAGCAAAAAGGGGGCUGCUUCCUUUCCUUGGAAAUCCAGGACUCUGCCUUCUCUGAGGAAUUUGUCUGUGAUAAGGGAGGGCUUUUUGUGUCAAUGUCUGCUGUUUUGGGAGCAGGACUAGAUUGAAAAAGAGUAGAGGAGCUCUGUCUCUGCAAGGGCUCAGGAGCAAGCAGGUCCCUUCUCUAUGGCAACUCACUUUAAUACUCCAUUUGACGUUUCAGUGCAGGCCUUCUGGGGACAGAAAGACAGAUAAAUCCAAAAUAAUGGUACCUCCAGCCACCUUCUGCUAAGAUGCUGUUGUACUUGGGUAAACAGGAAGUUUUAUGGACAUUCAGGACUGAGAAUCCAUAUUUCUACCUCCUGGGAGAGAUGGCAUAGCAUUGUUAUGGCCACCUGAUACUUGAAACACAUGGAUGAUAGACAUUUAGUAGACCCUGUAUUUAGAAACUGUUUGAGUUAAAAUCAUCAUAAUAAAAAAUUUUUAAAGAAAAAGAUGGGUUUUUGCCCUUUUGUGUUAAAUCUGCCAUUGGUGUUUGAAGAUGCACAAAGAAUUCUGUUUGUGGGAAUUUGGAAAGGGCAAAUGUUGAUGUAUACACUAAAAAAUUAAGACAAAUGAUAAUUGAAAGAGAUGGUAAAAGCUAGUGGUUUCCAUGGGGAAAUAAUCAUGAAUUGCUGUCAGGCAGAUUCCAAUAAGAAGAGUGCUUUAUGUGAAAUGUUUUUUAAACAGCUCAACCAAAGCAUCAAGCGAGAGCAUCCGUUUGUUGUAUGUUUCUAUUAGAUCCCCAUCUGAGACUCCUCAACUUAUAGUAUUCACUGGUCCAGCUGCUGUGUUUGGCUUCUUUGUGGUCAACACUCAGCUGGAGCCAAGAAAUAUCAGAUAGCAAAAAAGAUAGUAUUUGUGGAUCCUUAAGGUAAUUCUAUUGUUUCACCAUAUUGAUUCGUCAGAUGGAUUCAGAGUUAUUGAUCUGUGAAUUUACUUUUGUGUGUUAGCCUUGUUAAAUGCUGCUAUUGUACUUAAGGCAUCCCUUUAAUUCUGCUAGAAAGAACUUUGACGUACAUUUGAGCUUCGAAGGAGUGAAGACUACUAUAUUUGUAAAUUUUUUUGGCAUUUAUUAUGGAGUGAUGCUCAAUCUCUUUGUGCCCCCUAUUGUACCUUAUAGAGAUUUCUGUCAGAGCCCCUGAUCACUUCAUUGCGUUUAUUGGCUGACACAGCCAUGUUCUCUAUUAAAUCAUAACACAGAGCCUGGCCUAAGGCACAAAUUCCUGCUGAAUGAAUGAAUGACUCCUUGGUCAAAUUUACCUCCUCUUUCCAAGGAAAGCUGCCCAGGAGAUCUCCUAUUUGCCCAACCAGGUCCAAUCUCCACCCUGCUCCUCCUUCUCUGACCUUGGGAGGAUGACUGCAUGAGCCAACCGCAGCCUCCCUCUGGUCUGUGUUCCUUGGUGAAAGGCUCUUUCCGUAUUGUUCUCGCUAGGGCAGGUAAAGGCUCUCUGGGUUACCAGCCACAGUUUAGCAUUAUUCUUUCUUGGUUUCCUUAACCCUGCCCACCCCUUUGUAAGUAGUCUCUUUGUGAAACUCUCCCCAAUUAGCCAGUUCACAGGUCUCUAGGACCCUGCUGGGACUCGGAUAUUUGCCCAACUCACCCAGAUGAAAAAGUUGGUUUCAUCUAAGUAUCACAGUCCAUCUCCCUUGCAUUAUUUCAAAUAAAUGCUCUUUCCUAGGCCAGCCAACCUCCAAAUUAGAAUCAACUGGAGCAGGGGUCAGCAAACUACAGCUCGCAGGCCAAAUCCAGUCUGCGGCCUGUUUUUAUAAAUGGAGCUUUAUUGGAACACAGCCACGACCAUUUGUUGACUUACUGUCUGUGGCUGCGUUUGAGCCAUGACAGGGGAUGAGGGGUUGCAACAGAAUCCAUCUGGCCUGCAAAGUUUAAAAUAUUUGCUAUUUGACCCAUGGUAGAAAAAAAAGUUUGUUGACCCCUGAUUUAGAGAAAAACCAGACAUGUGAACUCCAUCAUUUCCAUCAAGAGGCUCCUGGGCCAGAUGCUAGGGGCAUUUGUGAGUGGCCCCAUGACAGCGCGCGGGAGGCUCUUAGACCCCACUCUGACAGGUCUGUGGAACAUUGUGUUGCUGUGACAACUGCUGUGGCCCGCUGGGUAGAAUGUGACCAAGAAAAAAUGAGGAGGCAUUUGUGUUUAAAUGUCUUUAUAAUUUGUGAUUUUCAGAAGUCUAGAGUUUCCUGAAUAGAAUGACUCUCCUGAAUGUUUUCAUAUUUCGUUAUUGAAAUUCUUUUGUACAUAUCUGACUCCCCCUCCUGACUGGGUGCCUUUUUUAAGGGUCCAGGUUUUAUUCAGACCUGUAUUUACCAGUGCCUGGCACGAAAUGGCUGAUGCUCAGUAAGUAUUGUUUGAGAUUGGUCAUCAACACCUAAUUCAGAGAAGGAAAGAAGAACGAAGGGGCUGGGACACAAGAUACCCUGCCAAGACAUCAGCUCUUGCUCUCUCUGACCCCAGUCUCUGCCUCUUCCACCUUCAGAGGGCCAGAAAAGAUAAAAGACAAGGCUCUCCUCCCAGUAAAGCUACCCCUUGGAGCAGAGUGGCUACAUAAUUUGUGGAGCCCAAUGUAUAAGGAGAAAGCGGGGCCUCUUGUUCAAAAAUUAUGAAGAAUUUUAGGGCAGCAUCAGCAGAGAGAUAAACCAAGCACGGCGCUCCUGUGCCUGCACAGGGACCCGCCUGUGAGGUCGGUCCUGCCUGUGGAUCCCUGAGAAAAGGGCAGCCUGCGGGAGGCCAGGGAGCCUCUUUGGCUCUAGAGCAUGGUGCUCAGCCAUGACAAAGGGCGCAUAGGCCGAGAGGUCACAGGUUGUGGGCUCUGGGACUCUGUGAUGACAUGUGUCUAAUGCUGCCUAACCCGGGCAACACUUUAUCAUUUCCAGAAUGUUUACAAGUAUCUUGGACCCUCACAUGGAAGAGGAUUUCUCUUCCCUGAGCCCAGACACCUGGCUUCACACUGAUGAACCUGCUCGCUCCUCCCUGACUUCUUGUUUUCAAUUUAACCUCAAGUCACCUAGGCUACCCCCUUCAUGGGCCACCAACCACAUUUGUACUGAGAGGCUGUGCAGAUGUUUUUUUUUGGGGGUACAGACAGUUCCUGUCACAACACCCACCCAGAGGACAAUGUGUCUAUGUGAGUGUUCCCCUUAUCUUGUCCCCAGAACCCUCCCGUGCCCCUCCUCAUCAUAAAGGGGGUUAAGUGGCCACUCUGCAGGAACCCCAGUGCCAUGACCCCUGAAGAUGUCCCUGAUGCUGGACAUCCAUCCUGCCAGCUGCUGGAGCAUCUCCUGACCCCACAACCCUGUCCUGCCUGCAGGUUGAACCCUCCCUUCCCUUGGAAUCACAGUGAGCCUCCUGGAGGUCUCCAGGUGGUGACAACUACAGGUGAGGAGCUUCAGGCUCUGUCUAGCAAGACAUCAUCACCUGUGUGUCCUAUCGACUGGAGGAGUUCCCACUUUUGUGGGAACUAAACCACUGCCACCCACCCCUGUCCUUCAUCUACCUAUCCUUGGUACAAAAGGGGGCCCUAGAGCUCAUCCCAAACUACCAAUUGUGGGAGAGCACCUUGUAUUCUUUGCUGAAAAGUGAGGGCCACGUCAUAGUACUAGAAAGCCAAAAUUCUGGUCCCCGUGGGGACAGCUCCUGGCUUCUCACCCCCAUGUGCAUGAGCUCAGCCACUAGGUGGCGUCACCCCAUCUCCCUGGGCUGAGGAAAAUGACCAAGUGCCUGAGUGUUGGUUCCCCACCAAGAUGAGAUUUCAGCCUUAGGGUACCGCCAACACAAAAAGCUAGCCCUUAGGGAGCUCUAAGCUUAGGGUCCCCGGUGGCAUAUAGAGCUCCAGCCUUGGGCGGGCCCUGCUCAGUCCCUGGAUGAAGAAGCCUCGAGGUUCCUGCAAUACAUCAGCACCACGCAGAUUGCAUGUGAUCACAUGAGUACAGACGGCUUGGCUACCGACUCCAGCUCUGCAAAGAAGCCCUGGUUGGUGUGUCUUGAUGACAGGUUUGGCUUAGCUCAUCAAAUCCGCAACAGGCAGUGCCGCCUCUAUUCUUUAGGGCUGGGAAGCGAUGAUACUCAUUUUGAGGUGAGCAUGGCCAACGAGGGAUGUGAAGUGCAUCGUUUUGAUCCUAGUGUCAAAUCAGCUCACAUUCUGGAAAGUCAGCGCCUUUGGUAUCACCGCUUGUCCAUCGAUUGGCGGGAUCCCCAUCCAGCUGUUGCUGCCCCCAAAUUACAUAGCAACACCAGAAAACUGGGAAGCAUUUUGAAUGAAUUUGGACAUCACAAGAUUGAUGUUCUCAAGGCAGAUCUGGAAAGUGCAGAAUGGAAAGUUUUGGAAAAUCUUAUUCUGGAAGAUGUCCUUGAACAGAUUGGACAGCUCAUCUUUGAGAUUCAUCUCCACUGGCCUGGGUUUGAGGUCAGCGGCAGUGACAGCAGCGUCGUUCGAUUCUGGUACAGCCUCCUCAAAGAGUUAGAACGGAAGGAUUUCAGGCUUUUUUACAGUUAUAAGGAUUUAUCUAAACCUCAGCUAUUUCUGAAGAAAGACAUUUUCAAUGCUAGUAGCUGUUACACUCUGAGUUGGGUGAAUACAAGAUGGAAAUAGGAUGCAGGACCUCAUCCAGAAUCCAAGGAAAUAUUUGCAAAAUGGAGCAUGUCUGUGCUUCUAAUCUCAGAUUUGCCCAACCAGCCUCCCACUGACCCUUUACCUGCUGGAGACAGGGAUUGUGGUAUUGUGUGCAGUGCAUGUACCCUGGUGCUUGGCGAAUGAUAAGGGCACAGUUGAAGGAAUGGACAAGUUUGCUUAAACUCAGGCUCUUUGCCUUUGACAGAGUGUUAUUCCCCGACUCAUUCCCAAGAAUCGUCAUGUAUCUAUAGCCCAUGAGUUCACCAACAUUAAAAUGAAAUUAUGUAGUUUCCAUUUUUAGUAGGUUGAUGAUGAGAAUUCUUAAGUUUAUCGUCCCAUAUUUAAAAGUGACUUUGACUCACUUCUUUCAAGGUUUCCUUUGUUGACCUAAUCAAUCAUAUUCUUUGCAACCUGCUAGAUUUCAAUCAUUGUUUCUCAGCCUUUGCUGAGGCUAGUUGUGGCUUUAUAAGAACACUGAUUCUGGUUUCUUGGAAUCAGAUGCAUUAAAUUCUGUCACUGAGUUUAAAAAAAAAUAGACCAUCAAGGGCUUUGAUCGAGAUUUUCAAUUUCAAAUUCCUUUUGCUUCCUACAAAAUUUAUAAUAUGUAGAAAACUCUUCCGUCUAUGGACAUGACUGCCCCUCCCCACAGACUUGCCUAUACUGUCAAAUCUUUUUUUAAAUACACUACCUUGAAUGUAAAGUAUAUUUUUCUUUAUUGCCAGUGGCAUUAUUUAUAAGACUGUAGGCCGUAGUCUAUUUUUCCUAGAAUUGUAUUAUACUGUUUCAGUGUUUCUAAACUUUUUUACAUUUUUAAAAAUUAAGUAGAGAAUGUAGGCUCUCUAUUGUUCAUAUAAUCUCCAUCAUUCCUAUAUGCAGGAACAGACUCUCCUAUGAAUGAUUUUUAAAAAUUCUCUUUUGAAUAAAGUGGUAGUAUAAAAAUAAACCAAAUUAUUGCCUUAUUAUAAAUUAGGUGGUUUUUUUGGCUUUUUAUUUAACAUCCUGAGAGGGUGUGAAAACUCUUAUGUAUAUUAUUUGUUCAAAAAAUUGGCAGGGGGAAGUAGAACACUGAAUAUUGCCAUGGUUUUUCCUUCUUGCAGGUUUUUACUUGCUUCUGCCUCCAGAUUCCCUGGUUGGAUUUUUUUUAUUGCAACAAUUUGAAAAUACCAUUCCUCAAGUGAGAACCAACAUAGAAUAGAAUGAUUUAACUUGAGUUCAAAAGAGAACAGAAGUUCUGAAUUAAUUGUGACUAUUUUUAAAGGUAUAAAUGAAGUUUUGAUUUGAAACUCACAGUACACUAAUAAAAGUUGUUGGAUUGAGAGGAGCAGCUUAAAGAAGUAUAAUUUGAAAUGGCAGCUCAGUCUCUUUGAUGUGCAUAAGUAUUUCAAAUGUGCUGAAGGGUCCAUAAACUGUUAGUUUGUAUGCUGUCCUCUCCUAAGCAAAGUUCACUUUAUUCAGUCCAGUUCCACUUGAAUUAUGUCAGAUUUUUUUCUUCAUAAAAAUUUUAUACACUGAAAUACAUAGUAUAUAUUCUUAUAUUGUACAGUGUGGAGUAUGCUAGUUUUAAGUAUGCAGCCUGAUCAACUUUUAGAUGCAUACACACCCAUAUCAAGAUUUUUAAUUCAAAGAAUUAAUUUAAGGAAUUACUGAAAACUGUUUUGUAUAAGGCCAGUUAACCAUUUGAUCAAGAUUGAUGGUGCAGAACAUCUACUUCAUCACUCUCUAUAUCUGAAGUAAGAAUGGAUGUAAUAUUGAAAAAAAAAUCACAAACACACCAACCUAUACCCAAUAACUUAGGCAGCCUGUUCAAAAG